AGUCUCUGGACCUGUGCAGCAGGAACUCUCAUAUUGCGGCCUUUUCACACUGGAAAGGCCAGAGAGAUCUGCGGAACUCCCUGCCCAUUGAUGUACUACUUUCACGCCGCUUUGGAAAGCAGUUCUGCUCUCCUCCAGAGCCGCUCUCAGCCUCCUCAGCCCCAGAUGCAUGGCGAAGCAAUGGAUCGGAAUCCAGAAUUGCAAGACUUUACGGCGCUGCUAAGGAAAUCUGCCUGAUCUUCGGCGAGAGGGAGGUGUUCGGCCGCAGGGGGAACCUCAGAGCGCUCCAGAUUUUUCUGGAUUCCGAAUGUCCUCGCGACCCUACGCUCCAGAACUCCGCGCCGCCCUCCUUUGAUCUGGAACGCUCCCGGCGCCUCCCUGGUCCAAGUUAG